AUGACCCCGAUACCUCCAGCUGCUCGCUCACGCCGCAUAGCAUCUCCUCUCAGCACCUCCCAGAUGACUACUCCACUCCCCUACCAAGACGCCUCCAUCGGGGACAUCAUCAUACGCACCUCCGACAACGUUGAGUUCCACGUGCACAGCCGCCGCCUUGCGGACGCUUCCCCUUUCUUCGCCGACAUGUUCACACUCCCCCCUCUCCCUACUACAUCCUCCACCGAGGGCCCGACCAUCACAGAAAAGCUAGCGGUUGACGUCUCGGAGGCGAGCACCGUGUGGUCCAAGAUCUUGCCUCUCAUCUACCUCGCCGAAGAACCCCCUCUCGACCUCGCGGACCUACGCGCGCUCAUCGCCACUGGACGCAAGUACGGUAUCCCCGGGGUAGUGGGCCACGCUCGCGGGCCGCUGUACUCCCCCGAGUUCCUGGACGAGCACCCGUACGCAGUGUACGCGCUUGCAUGUUUUGGGGGCUUCGAGGACGUCGCGCGGGUCGCGGCGCGGCGCACGCUCAAAAUGUCGGGGUGCCCACGGCCCGCGGAGGCAUUCGAGUUCGUGGGUGGAGAUGCGGUGUGUCGGUUGAUGCGGUACCGGGAAGAGUGCUGCGAGGCUGCCGUUCUUAUCACGGAGGUGAUGAACCAGGCAGACAUACUACUGCCCUGUAACCCGACCUCGAGAGGUUUUAGUUGUUCGGUACCGACACAACCCAUCUACUUCGAAAACGACGGAUGGAAAAGCACAUAUAAAUCCUGCAUCGAAUACCUCGACGGCCUUUCAAAGGGACUCUCUCAUCGGCCAGAUCCUUCGCUGGCUCGACAUGCCUCCCUCCUCACCAUCAUUGUGACGUCGGUGCUCAGCUGCGCCACAUGCAGGAGCACCAUCUACGAAAGAUGCAACACGUUUGCAGAACAGACUGAGGCAAGGAUUGAAACCGCAAUCUCCCAAGUGAGUGUGCAGACGGUUGAAAGUGGGGAAUACAUCUGA